UCGGCUGUGUAGCCAUCGAUUAUUGCUCUGCAACAAUGAAGCUUGUUCUGGUCGCGUUAUCUACCGUGAUGGUGAUUAGUGCGGGACUAUCGCUCAAACCGAGCCCCCGGAGGGACAUCGCGUUCCCCCGGCACAUGCCCAGCCUGCCCGAUCCGGACCGGGACAAGGGAACGGAUGUGGUGCAUUCGAACCAGCUCCCCCCGCACGGUGCCAAGCCGGCCAGGCUGCGUGUGAGUGAUACGCGACGGCGCAGCAAGAAGGUGAAGCAAACGUCGAGCAGUAGCUCCAGCGGGGAACAGGAAAACACACGCGUGACGGAGCGUAAACUGCACACGAAAAUUGUGCACGUACCGGAGCCGUUCGUGGUGCAUGUGGAAAAGCCGUACCCGGUGUACAUCGAAAAGCCCGUGAUAGUGGAAAAGCAUUUGCCGUUGCAUCUAUACAUAAAAAAGAAAGAGACAAAACAUCACUGA